UAACAGUGCUGCCAAAUUUCGUGCAUAGUUGUGGUUGUCAAAUUUCGUGCAAUUUCUUUAUGUACUCUUCAUUUGCUGUGAAAUAAUUAAAAGUGUAAAGAAGUUGUGUUUAAAGUGUUGCAUUGGUUUUCUGCAUCGUCAACGAGCAGAAAAUUGCCAAAAAAUUAUAUAGUGUAUAUAAAAAAGAAGUGCAGCCGCCGCCGCUAAGAACGCAGCAGCCGCAAUUGUGUGCCCAAGCGAAAGAUGGGGAAGCAGGUGUCUAAGUAAAAGUAGAUAAGCAACGUCUGGAAGCAGUUUUCUUUGCUUUACAACGCAGACAAAGAAAAAGCAACAGCAAUAAUAUAAGAAUUCACACUCGUGUGGAAAAUAUAACACACACAUCAAGUCGAGAACCGAUCAGCAGCGCUGUGACGACGACAACGACGACGUCGACGUUGACUUGACGAAAAGUAGAAAAAAGUACAUCUGCAAUAGCAGCAGUUUUGCAAAGACAACCGCCAGCAGCAGGCCUACACGCAAAACAGCAAACAACAAAAAAACUACACAAAAAUGCUCAUAUUGCAAAGCUAAACAACAAUUUGCCACUUUUCCCCACAAUUUUCGUUUUCGUUUUUUGCAUAAUUUAAAACUUUCUUACGUCGACUUUUAAUUUCUUCCUGUGCCUCUGCAAAGCGCAUAUUGCUUGCCGUCAACUGUGUGCGCCACAUACCUUACGACCAACCUGCCGGUCGACCUACUUAUAUAGAGUAUUUGGUGAAUAUUACUUUAUUCAUUCAUUUAAACUCUUGUCAAAUAAUACACAUUUAGCAAACGAAAGCUAUUUGGGCUCUACUGAUUUCACAAGUUUUUCAAAGUUUGCUAACCACGCGUUCUCCAAAAAAAUAAAGCUUAUUUUCCUACAAGAUUAUAUAUUGCCAGUAACUGAAUAGCAAAAUUAAUUAAAGAUGGUUAAGGAAAAGCCUAAUUCUACACGAAUUUAUGACAAGGAUGGCUUUCGCCGUCGUGCCGCUUGCAUUUGUGUGCGUUCCGAUGCCGAGGCAGAGGUGUUGCUGGUGACAUCGUCACGCCGCCCGGAAUUGUGGAUUGUGCCCGGUGGCGGUGUUGAGCCCGAAGAGGAACCUUCGGUAACGGCUGUGCGUGAAGUGCUCGAAGAGGCCGGCGUUGUGGGCAAACUCGGCCGCUGUUUAGGUGUUUUCGAAAAUCGCGAACAUAAGCAUCGCACCGAAGUGUUUGUCAUGACCGUUACCAAUGAGUUGGAGGAAUGGGAGGAUUCGCGUAGCAUUGGCCGUAAACGCCAAUGGUUUUCCAUUGACGAUGCGUUGACACAAUUGGCACUGCAUAAACCGACACAACGGCACUAUUUAAUGCAGUUAAGGCAUUCAAAAAGUAAUACGACCGCUUCGAAUACACCACCAGCAUCGCCUACAGAAACAUAAGGAUAAAGGAUAAAGCAAAUUUGUCACACCAACACACAUGCGUAGGUGCAGUGCAACUACGUGUGCGGCGACACGUGGACCGUAGACUUAAAGUGACACCCACAAACACACCAACACACACACACAUAUAUAUUAGCAUAUAAACAUAUACACACGCAUACUUUGGUGCGACGGUGUUUGCACGCAUCACCAACACAGUUGCUGUCAGGCACACUGCUGCAGCUCAUGUUAUUAGCUAUAAUAAUACAUUUAAUUUUCCUCCUAUUAUUUUGGCUAAUUUGCACACAAUUCACUUUCAUCAAAAAUUUACUUUUGUUUUACGAAAAAAAGCGUAGUGCAUGCAACCACACACACACACAUACACUUUAUUAUAUACAAAAAUCAUUACCAUUUAAUUAUGCCGUAAAGUGAAACAUGUAAUAAUAAUAAACAAUAGUAUUUAGUUGAAAAGUUUAUUUGAAUUAUGCAAAACACCAUAGACUCUAUACAAUUAUGCUCCACAUCAAACAACAAUAUUCAUCACUAACGUUAAGAUACUUUUUAAUACUGUAAUAAAGUCUAUCUACUAUUUAAGUUGAACAAAGUGAACAAUGUAAAAGCAACUGUUUGCAAAGUUGUCUGACAAAACAACAAAAAAAAAAAAACAUUAAAAUUUAUAAAAAAGAAAAGAAAUAAUGCAAAAAGCGUUAUAAAAAAAGAAAAGUAAAAACUGUAUUGUUGACUUUAACUGGUACGCAGUUUUAGUUUGUUGGGCAUGCAAAAUUUCACGCAGUAAACGUGAAUAAUCUAAAUAUAGAUAUUUUCAUAAAAAAAUAAAAAUAAAGAAAAGUGAUGAAAAAUUAAUCAAGUGCAUGGCCACAAUGAUAACAAUGCAAUUGACGCAAUUAAUAAUAAUUUAAACAAUAAAUAAAUGCCGAAAAAAAGUUGAAUUGAAAACUUUAAAAAAAUUUGCACAUUUUUUGUAAAUUUCUACCUAGAUUUUCUACUAUUUUAUAAUUUAAACGAAACGAUAAAUGAAACAAAUGCUUAUAACUACUUACUAUUGUAAUGUAUGUAUGUAUAUUGAAGUUGCGCCAAGCUGCUUUUUGCGGAAGCAAUUAAAAUUGUGUAAUCAAAAUUCUAAAGUAAAAACAAAAACAAGAAAAACAAAAACAAAUUAAUAUGUUUAAAUAAGCAAACAAAACAAUUAUGAGUAACUAGCAUGUAUAAAAUAAACGCAGAGCAAAGAGAAAGUUAUCGAAUUUUGUGUGCGUUAAUUUUGAUUUGCGAAAAUA